CGCGGCGACUCUAAGUCUAGCUUUACAUCGCUCUUAUCACAACAACAGAGCAGACUUGGCCGGGGGAGAAGUGCGACUUAUUUUUACUUCGGAGCAAAUUGUCUUUGCUGUUGUUUGCUUUCUGUCGUGUUGCUUUUUUUCCCUUUCUCUCGGAGAUUGUCGCCACUUGUUCCAAGAUGGUCAAGGUAUCAUUUAACACGGCUCUGGCACAGAAAGAUGUGAAGAAGGACGCCGAAACUCUUAUUCCCGAGGAGGACAAAGACGCUGAGGCUGCUGUGCUGAUGCGUCACCAGUCUCGCGCCUGGUGCUGGUGCAUGUGCCUUGGUCUGGCCCUCAUGCUGUCUGGAGUGGUGGUUGGAGGUGCCUACCUGUAUCGCUACUAUGUCAUGGAGGUGAGUAGCGAGCCUGAGGACAAUUUGGAGGGCCAAGUAUUUUUUUGUGGCGUCAAAUACCGCGAAGAAGACUUCAUGAUCCAGGAGGAGGAUGAGGUGGAGGUGGAGCUGCCAAACGAGUACCACCUGCGUCAGAUGUCAGAGACGAUCCGGGUGUUGGAGACGGAGCAGGUGGAGCUAAUCAGUGUGCCUGUGCCCGAGUUUGAAGAUGGAGACCCAGCUGACAUCGUCCACGACUUUAGCCGGAGGCUGACUGCUUACCUGGAUCUGUAUCUGAACAAGUGCUACGUCAUCCCACUCAACACCUCCAUUGUCACGCCUCCCAGAGACUUUUUGGACCUUCUCAUCAAUAUCAAGGCUGGCACCUACUUGCCUCAGUCUUACCUGGUCCGUGAGGAGAUGAUGGUGACCGAGCGCCUGGAGCAUGUUGACCAGCUCGGCUAUUUCAUCAACAACCUCUGCAAUGGCAAAGAGACCUACAAACUGCAGCGCAGAGACAGAAUUCUGGGUAUGCAGAAGCGCGAGGCUCUGAACUGCCACAAGAUUCGUCACUUUGGAAGCCAGUUUGUGGUGGAAACCCUGAUCUGUGAGCCUUAAGACGCCUCGUCGCCUCACAACUGCUCUUAAAGUCACUGGCGUGCAGUGAGAUUGUGUUUUUAAUCCUCACCUGUCUAUUGUUUCCUGUCCUUUACUUCAGGUAGUUUGAGUGAAUGAGCGUGGUGAAAUGUGAUGCUGUUGGCUGAAUAUUAAGUGAUCCUGAAAUUUAAAAAAAAAAAAAAAAAAAAAAGGUGAAGCAUUGCGUUUUUUGUUUUAUGUUUUGUUUUCCAAUUUCUAUACAGAAUUCUUUUUCAGAGAUAAAUUAGCUUACAGCCAGCUGGUAUACAAAAGUAAAUUAUUUUAAUCAAAGUAAUUGCAAACAUAGUAUCAAGCUCUUCAUUAAUAGACGUGGGUAAAUAUAAGAUUUCCUUGCUUUCAGUUCACAUAUAACAUUUUAAGACAGGGGGAUUUUUAUACCACUCAGUCCACAAAGAUUUUUUUUGUAUUUUGUCUGCUGUAGCUGUUAAUACACUGCACCUGUUUUCUUAACUGGAAAAUGAUCUUAAAAUAAGAGUGUAAAUGCACGCUUCUGUUGCAGAGCUUUAAAGUGUGUGAAAUCCAACCGAAGAACACAAUAUUUUAAUUUGGAUGAAAGAGAGCUCCGAAAAAGAAAAACACGCUUAUAUUAAAAUCUUUUUCACAGGGGUUGUCUGUCUUUUUAUGAAUGUGUAAUUUUUUUUUCUUUUUGGAUAACUCUUCUUGUACCAAUUUGUGUAUAUAAUCUCUAUAAACAUAAGCAGACCUACAGAAUAAAGAAAAUGGUAGAAACUA